UUUUACUUAUAUAAUCUUGACUUGAUAAGAAUACUUUUAUUUAUCUCAUAUAUUUAUAGAUAUUUAGUAAUACUUUUGCUGAUGCUAUGCUGUUUUAUAAACAGCAUGAGGUUGCUAUCCUAAAGAAUGCAGAUGUUACAAUAAGUUUCAUACGUCACAUCAAUGCUCUUUUUGAUGCUUUAAAUCGUAGAUUUCCACAGGAAGGAAUCAGACAUGAUUCAAAUGAUCUCAAGGUUAAUGAAGAAUCUCUAGAAUGGUUAAAUAGAUGGGAAGCAUUCAGAUUACAGAUUAGAAGCACUGAUCAAAAGGGAUUUUUGAGCCAUCAGACAGCAGAAAAUCUACGCUUGACGCUGACUAGUAUCUUAGCACUCGUCAGACAAUUGCUUCCAAACUCAUAUUAUAUCCUGACAGCUCACUUUAAUCAGGACCCAUUAGAGGUGAAACUGACUUAA